GCAAUUAGCCAAUAAGAAAAGAGUGAGAUAGACAUGCAUGCGGUCAACCAAUCGCUUUAUUCAUUAUUGUCUGGUUAAAAUAAAAUCGGUGUCUAAAGCAUAUUAUCACACAGCCAAAAUACCGUAAGUGAUGUAUGUUUCAGAGCCUUGUGCUUCCGAUUUUACGGUUGAGCGGUUUAUUGGUCGUGGAUGCUACUCUUUUGUUUAUGAAGUACGGAAAACAACUGGCCCUGAUACAGGUUCAAAAUACGCCUUAAAACGUUUUGUUUUGGAGAAUGACUCGGCAAUUAAAUGUGUUUUGAGAGAAAGACGGAUUUUAGAACGUCUUGCUUUGUGUGAUUUUCAAAGCCCAUUUCUACCAAUGCUUUGUUACAGUAUGUGGAAAAACUAUUCAUCUACAUUUUGUCUUCGGGAAGGUUCAGGCUGUGACCUUUACGACCUCCUAUGUCAUGUUGGUUGUCUGUCAGAGAACAAUACACGUUUCUAUAUCGCAGAAAUCAUAUGCGGCCUGGAACAUUUGCAUUCACUGAGUAUUGUACAUUUGGAUGUAAAACCUGAAAAUAUCCUCUUUUAUCCGGAUGGCCAUGUUUUCGUUUCAGAUUUAGAUCGUUCUUAUGAUAUUUCUCAAAAUACCAAGCCUACACUAGAUGACUUUACCGGGACUCCUUUAUUCAUGGCUCCGGAAGUUGCUCGAGGUGAAGCCAUCGACACGAGAUCUGACAUAUGGAGUUUGGGUGUUCUUGUGGCAGAAAUGGUUACAGGUCCUAUCCGUCGAGAAGCCCAAAAUACCGCUGAAGAAUUUAAACGAGCUCGUAUGGGUACAUAUUCCAUACGAGGUUUGAAGCGCCUAUCAAAACCUCUUCAGUCGUUUUUCAGUGCUUGUUUGCAACGUCAGCAUACACAACGUCCUUACUUAAAAGGCGUAAAAGAACUUCGGUUCCUAAAAUAUGUUGACUGGUGUAAGGCUGGAUCCAGACUUCUUCGUCCUCCAUAUUCGACUUCAGAUCUUCGUCAUCGAUUGACCAAAGAAAAUAGGAUACCAGUAUCUCCCACUGAUGCGAAUCUACUUUCUGGUGCAUUUAGACCUUGGAAACCAGCCAGUGUCUUUCCUUCUGAAACUUCACAGAGUGCGAACACCGGUGAUUCGGAAUCCGAACAUAUUCCGUCCUCCUUAAUAAAAGCAGGAUAUACUAAAGAAAAAUUGGAUUCGCUAUUUAAGUCGUUCAGCUUCAUACAUCCAAGUUUACGGACAUUUACUAGCGACGCUGGCGUUUCAGAGUCAUUAUCGCAACUAACGAUGAGAUUAGAUACAGCAAAAGAAUGUCCAGUUGACAGCAUUCCAGAUACUAAAAAUGCUAAAGGUAUUACUAAUAGUGAUUCUGCGACAGCUGUACCGUUCCGAAGAUCUAGAUCUAGAUGUACGUCUAUUGGGGACUGACUAUUAUACUACUUGAGACCAUACCCAAUACAUAUGCUCGUACACUUAAUCAUAUUAGAUCGCAACCAUACAACUGGAUUUCCAAGCAAAAGACAUGUAACAAUUCUAAGUAGUUUUAAAUGUAUUUUUUACUCUCGAAGUAUGUAUUUGUUAUGCAAUGUUCUUUGGAUC